UCAAUUAGAAAACACUCACAAAAAUGCCAACAUGUACAAAUUUUUUUCUGAGCGGAUGAAAGAGAGAGGGUAUGAGCGAACGGCAGAGCAAUGUCAUCUAAAGGUGAAGAAACUGCGGCAACAGUACAUAAAGGUACGCGAUGCCAUCAGAAAAAGCGGUGCGUCAACAAAUGCAAAGGACACUUUUGCUUUCUACGACGAGAUGGAUACUAUUCUUGGCACUCGUCCAACAAGCUCACCAAUUAAGGUACUGGAGUCUUCCACAUCCUCAAAUGAAACUGCGUCCAGUGGGACUGAAAACACUUCAGAAAGUGGAGAAAACCCUGUUAUCACCAAUAUAGAGGGAACUGAGCCAGGCAAAAAAACUCCUUGCAGUAGGAGAAAGAGGAGGGGCAAAGAUACUGGAAUGGAGAUGUACAAGAGGUUUCAAGAAAACUUCAACCAAGCAGAAAGCCGUAGGCAAGAGAAAGAGGAUGCCACUCUGGAAAGGUGGAUGCUAAAAAUGCAGGAGUCAGAGGAGAGGCGCUUCAGGAUGCUAAUGGAGCAGCAGGCAGCCACAAACACGAUGUUCAUGAAUGUAAUGCAGACAUUCAUGCAAGGAAACAACAAAAGCCAAUCUCCACACAAUGCAACAUCCUGGAGUCCUAUGCAUCCACAUCAUCAACCUCAUUCACCUCUUCCAGCUCCCAGUGACUGGGCUGCACGGCGGUCUCCACACCCAGCUACCCAGGCCCAACCUACAAACCCCUUUGCUCAGGCCCCAUACACCCUGUAUCAAAAUGAUAGUGGUGAACCAAGCAAUGAAAACCAGCAAUUUUUUCAGUUGUAA